AUGGCGGACCUGCUGAUGCGCUGGCUCAACCAUGAGCUGGAGCUGUCCACGCACGUGACGGACGUGGAGACGGACUUCGCUAGCGGCUACCUGCUGGGCGAGAUCCUGCACCGGCUCAACCACCAGCGCAACUUCGCCGACUUCAUGCGCAGCUCCAGCGCCGACGCCAAGAUCCUCAACUUCUGUCUGCUCGAGCCCACGCUACGCAACCUCAACAUCAAGUUCGACGCUAACGCGGCCGCCGCCAUCAUGAACGAGAAGAAGGACGCCGCCGCCAAUCUGCUCUACCAGAUCAAGAUUGCCGCUGCCCGCGUGGGAAGAGCGCCAGCCGUGUCCUCGAAGUCACUGGAGCGCACAGGCAUCAUCCCGUUGCACAACAGACCGGUGAAGCUAGCGAAACCGAGCUACGACACCGAGAACCACCGGUUGUUUGAGCACUCGGUUCGGCGGCAUGUGCGGUCCAUAGCAUCUCUACAGCAGGAAAAGUGCGAGGAGGCCACGAAACGAAAAGCCUACUUGGCGAGAAUGGCCGAGCAGAAAGAGAUUCUGGAGGCCACAAAGGCGGAAAGAUUGCAUCGUGCGUACAUCCAUAGCAGCUUUAUUAAGGAAGCUCUCGAAGAGACGGACUCACCGGCCUGGAGGCUGGCGCUGCAGAAGAAGAAUGCGCGGGAGCAACGCCGAGCUGCAUUCUUUCAGCAGCUAAUGAAGAAGCGCGAGGAAGCAGAGGAAAAUCUCACCUUUAGCCUUCGACGAAAGGUGCAAAAUGAUCUGGACGACUUUUACGUGCGUAGUGAAGAUAGCAAUGGCGAUUCGAAGAUCACGACCUCUGAUGGCAAGUUAUCUUCGCGCAAGUCUGUUGGCUACGGUCUACGCUCGCUCACAACUGCGCUGGGAGCAUCCUUCGACAAGAAGAAGUACUCAACCUCCAAUUUGGCAGGAUCGUCUAUGAAUGAGAGGGAGCUCUACCACGCCAAUGUAAUGGAAAUGGAAAGCGCGCGAGAUGUCAUAAAGCAGCAGAGGUUGCAACGAGAGAAGCGCAAGGAGAAUUUAUCUCGCAGACGGAAGAGAUUUGUUCAAGAGUGCGUCUAUACCCACUCUCGCAUAGGAACUGCGCGGGUGGCAAGUAUUCUUGAGGAUGUGGUGCUGCGCGACACGAACAGCGAAAAGGAUGUUAAUGGUGAAAUGAACCGCAUUCUCGUCUACAAGGAGGUGACUCGCGAAAACAGGUCCAUGCGAAAUCAAGAGUAUCUGAACCAGCAGGAAAUGGACACCAUGUCAGCGAUUGACCGAGAUACGAGUUGCUAUCACAAUCUGCUUCUUAGAUUCGAAGACGACAACGAAAUGCAGAUGAUGCAGCGCAACGACGUGCACGUAUCCAUUGAAGCAGCAGAUCGGUUUCUCAGUGAGCAGAUUUCAGCUGAAAUCAUGAACGAUAUGGUGAAGUUUGUGCUAUUUAUCGCUGGAAAACGCGAAGAAACACUUCAUUCCAGAGACCCUGCCGUAUUUUUGACUGAGGAAACUUGGAACGAGUACAAAGUGAAGUUUGCAAGUGGCCAUAUAUUCGAAAACGAGUCGCCAACACAAACCCAAGAAAGUUCUAGUCACGUUGAGCUGCUGGAUAGUCACGAGCUGGAAAAUUAUUUAUCAAGCUUUCGGACUUUCCGUACAACAUUCGACCAACAGGCCCCCUUGCAAACGAUGGACGAUGGAUCGCUAUUUCUUGGAGCAACGGGUCCCAUUGAGGACUGUUUCGUUCUUGGAGAAGAGAUUAAAUCUCUACGAUGGAUCGCUCAAGAUGUUGCUAAAGAUCCGACCUGGUCUGAAUCCCCAACUUUCGCAACAAAAGCCCACCACCAGCUCCGAAUUCUCAUCUUCGGCCCUCCAUUUUCUGGUAAGGGUACGCAAGCGAAGCUCCUAGGUGAAACACAUAAUCUGGUUGUACUCUCAGUCCACGAUCUAAUUCAAAAGAGCGUUGAAAGCUCAAGUGAUACUAGCCAAGAAGUGAGGGAGCUCCUAUCAAGCGGGAAAGAGAUUCCCCCAGAGCUAUACAGCAGUCUAGUAGUUGAAACCAUUGGUGAGCUGGAGGCGCAUGCCCUUGCUUCAGAAGGAGGUGGCGGCAAGUCUGGAUGGUUGAUUUACGAUCUGCCUGCAACAAAACAGCAUAGCCAGCAAUUGGAAGAGCGACUGUCUGGAUACGUAGACCCAGCACUUGUUCCCUCUCCGUCUGACUUUGGGUCUGCCAUUGCCCCAGGCCUCCGCAAACCGAAAUUGUCACCGACAUUUCUACACGGUAAAUCCGGUGUAGACCUGGUUUUUCAUAUCAAUUGUGCUGUUGGUACAGUCCUCGACCGAUGCUUAGGCAAUGUUAAAGAUUGCGCUACCGGUGACAAACAUCACUUAGUGUUCGAUCCGCCACCAGAUAAUUCGAUUGUCCGGCAUCGCUUACAGCAUGAAAACCCAAGCGCGUUCUCGAGUGAGCUCCUUUCGUUGCAUUGUCUGGCCAAUGAAGAGUUCUCAAACGACCACAAGUCUUGGUACACCAAGUUCAACACAUUGCACGAGCCGGCUAGCCCCGGGAUGACUGUAAACGAAAUCCACGAAGCGAUUGCGGCUAUCGUAAACCAGUUUCUGAAAGACCGACAAGGCGAGGCCGAGUCAAAGCUACUACAGCGAGAGGCGAAGGAGCAAGAACUAAUGGAAAGCGAAGAGGAGAGACAAAGACGCAUCUACGCGUUCGAAUCGAAUAUCGACGAGGCUAAAGUGGAGGUUGCCAAAAUGGAGGCAGCCGUCGCUGAAGCGGAGGAAGCAAAAGCGAAGAAAGAAGAAAUUCUGGAGCUUCGUCAGAAACUAGAAGAGGCUCAGCGUCAGCUAGAUGGUGUUGUGGCUGGUGUGAGAAACUGGGUGGACGAAGAGCAGGCGCGUCGGCCUGUGCCAAGCAGCCAAUAUUCUGGAGAGCUCGUCCCAGCGACAGCUCAUGCAUUGGCAGCGUUGUGGAAUGAUGCGGAGGCAGAGUACAUUUCUACCAUGAAGACCAGUUUUGUACUGCUGCGAGAACAACGGCAUCGCGUCACCGAGCGCGCACAGCUAAUGACGAGCGAGUUCUGUGAAUUUGUCCGUCGUCCUGAUCAGAAGCAGGAAACGGUGAACCUCUUUCAAAAGCAGUUUAACGAGGUGGUCGACGAAAUGCGGUUCGAUGACCUCACGAAGGCUGAGCUCCAUGCUCGAGUGGAUAUGUUGCAGGAUGAGCUAGGGGCUCUCAUUGACGCAAAAACUGCAGCAAAUGACGAGGAACUUAGCAGUAUGGUUGGUGACGGCUGGACUGAAGAUGCUUGUCAACAGGUCGCUGCCAUAUAUCAAAUGGCGCUACAGGCGGAAUGCGAUCGUUUUCGUAUCUCCGUCCAAAUCCUUGUAGAUGGCUACUCCGCGGCUAGCAGCGAGCGCUCUCAGCUGGGUAGCAUUGUGGAAGCUUGGCAACAACAUCAGCCUCGCUUGGAGAUGGCAUGCCGAAUUUAUCGAGAUCAGGCAAAUGAUACGCCGGUGGAAACCCCUGUUGCACCGGCAGCUGCUGCAGCAACGGCGGCAGGAAAAGCUGCACCGAAAGGUAAAGCGAAGGCACCUACACCGGCAACUGCCGCUCCGCCUAGUGCCGCCGCAAUUAGUGACGACGCCCAAGCAGAAGCGCUGACCCUGAUUGAGCUGCUAGCUGAGUACACCCACGUUCUUCAGCGAUGUGCGUCAUGGAUGGAAGCAAUUACUCCAAUUGUAAACGCCGCAACUGCUGAAGGAGGCGACAUUGAAGGCAGAGAGCACACUGGUGACUACUGCAAGAUCAAUUUGCUGAACGGGAUCAGAUAUGAGCACGACUUAAUGCAACGGCACGUACAGUUCCUUCAAGAGGCUACGGAAAAGUCUUGUGAUGAAAUUACGCGGUCGAUGCGCUCCAUCGAGAUCACGUUGCGAGAUGUUCUUGAAAACCGCAAAGACCGAGAGCAGGCGGCCGUCGCUGAUUUGAUCGCGUACAUCCGCGCCGCUAUUGAAGCUGAACCUGAAUUCAUCGAGCGGUUCCCAGGGUUAACUGUACAGUUGCCUGAGGACACGACCGUACGCGUCGAUGGAGACAGACGCCUGUUGCCUCGAAUUCCUCCAGACGCGCCGGCUAUUGCUGAAGAAACACACGAAUUGCUUCUCAAUCCUCGCCAACGAGACGGUCUCAAAGAGGCAUUAGCAUCGCAGACUUGCGGCGACUCGGGGCUACUUCCUUUGUGCACUUUGGUCGAGGUUAUUGCAGCUUUGACCUCUCAACCGGACGCGCUUCCAGAAGUUUGGCGUCGAUGUCCAGCACAUGUCAUCGCUGAGCAGAUCGCGGCAGGCUUCACCAUGAAGCAGUCGGCGUUCGUCGACAUUGAAGCUCUGCUCACUGCAAUGAGCACCCGCGAGGAUCUACUGCACCAGUUCCAGGAAGAUGAGGCUCGAGAAGAGCUCGAACGGCAGCAACAACUCGAGCUUCAGCGUCAACAAGAAGAGCAGGAACGCGAGCUUCUCCUCCAGCAGCAGCAGGACAUCCAAGACAGCGAGCCUGCACCCACCGACGUAGCAGAAUAG